AUGGGGUGGUUGGGCCCCAGGCUGCAGGCAGAUAAGCUUGAUAACUCAGUUUGUGCUCUCACCCGCCAAAGUUUGACCAUGGAAGAUGAGAUUCAGGUCCAAUCGCCCUCAUCUAUUCGGCGCCGUCGUAGAAAGAUCUCCAAUGCGUGCAUAGGUUGUCGCAAUCGCAAGUCCCGAUGCUCUGGGAGAAACCCCUGUGAGAGAUGCGUUAGCCGCAACGUGCCAUGUGUAUUUGAAGAAAAAGAGGCAAAAGCUACAGUUUCUGUCGAGUAUCUCGACGGACUGCAUGCUCGGAUCAAGGCACUCGAGACUCAGCUCCAAGACACACAGAGCUCACGGACGGAGGGACAAUUAUCUGUUCAUGGUGAUGCCGAAGAACGGGGAUCGCCAGAUCCUUCAUUCGAAAACCCCCUCCCAGAUCCUGAGAUGCCACCACCAGCCUCUGCCGUCUCACACAGUCAAGACCCAAGGGAGACGUCCGUUAUACAUCAGCGCCUCGAAUCAGAGGACUUGACAAACACUCUAGUGACGUCGGAACCUCAAAUAAAAAUUCAUCGCUACGGACAUCCUGCCUAUCUUGGGCACAGCUCAACUCUCAGCUUCAGUCGAAACGUACGCAACCUUCUUCAACGAUCAUCACCCAUCGCGGAUCCUGGGAGUGUGUCCGUGGAGCGCCAGGACAUAUCCUACACGACGAACCUGCCACCGAUUGCACUUGAUCUGGCCAGCAUCCCACUGCCACGGCUCUCAUAUGCCGAGUACUUGACCAACACCGUGGUGGCACAUUUCGGGUCGCUCUACUCCCUGUUUGAGCCAGAAGCUUUUCUUAGGACACUGAGAGUAUUCUAUAGUGAACGUGGCAAAGGCCAAGUUCCCGAUGCGACACUCUGGCACAUCCAGAUGCUCCUUGUAUUGGCGUUCGGCAAGUCCAUAUUGUCCAGAGAGCACUGCGAGAAGGGACCAUCUGGAAUGGUCUACUUCACCCACGCGAUCGAGGCCAUGCCAGACAUUCGCAGGCUCUACGAACACCCUCUGCUGUCAAUCGAGAUCCUCUGCUUGACGGCUUUGUUCAUGCACGCAACAGACCUCCUGCAAGAGUCCUACGUCACUAUAGGACAAGCCUUGCGCAUGUCCGUCAGCAACGUUAUGAACAAGCUCUUCCCUGAAGCGUUGCGACCGCCGAAUGUCGAGUACCAGCGGAGACUCUGGUGGACGGUAUACUGUAUCGACAGGAAGAGUGCUGCUAUGUUGGGCAGCCCUUCCGUCAUGCGUGACGACGAUAUUUCCAUCCCUUUCCCCGAUGCAAAGAAGGGAGACGACGCGCAGAAUGUUUUUGCCAUUCAUGUCAGGAUCUCAUCCUACCUAGGCAAGAUCCUUGAUGUCAUCUAUGGGAUACAUGGCCAACAAAGAAACUUUCUCGUUGAAGUCAAGACUAUUCUUUCGCGCCUCGCGGAGACCUCCUCUGUGCUUCGGGAACACCUGUGUCUGGAUCUUCAACAGUCAAGGGAGUCGGUUAAUCGCGAAGCCGCCACACUACAUCUAUUACUCCACCAGUGCGUCAUUCUGACUGUCCGGCCGGUACUGUUCUCCCUAUUGAAGCCUCUUCUGAGCCCCGACACACCCUCAUCAAGCAAUACGCAACCUUUGUCUUCCGCCUUCGAGUCUAUGCUGAGGAUGUGUAUCGACUCAGCGAUACAUAUCCUCAAGAUCAUGUCGCUUCUGAAACAUCAGAUGAUGUGUGACAUCUUCUUGCCAUACGACAUCGAGGCAUUGUUCUCGGCAGCUUUUGCUCUAAUAUUGGUCGACAUCAUUAGGCCCGCGAAUGAACUUCUCUGGGAUCUACCUCAAGUUAUGGGCCUACUCGACGAAUACAUCUCCAGACACGUCGUCCCAGCACAGGCUUACCGGGCGGACCUCGUACAGCUCCUCGAGCUUCACAACAAGAUACGCGGCGGACAUGUUGCUCCCUCUCCAAAUAUCGGUGACGCAGGAGCUGUUGGACAAAACUCGAACCUCGCUGGAUAUGCUAUUGCUCAUCCCAGUCAGACAGGUGUGUCACCCGAUCCUGUGUGGUCGCACAUCAGGAAUGGGGAUGACGGAUUUGUCCAGCCGCACCCAGAUGCAAUUCUGUCAGUUAUCGAUGAUUUAGAUAUUGAGGGGGCGGACCUUCUGGAUACGACUUUGCUGGAUGGGGGCUGGGUAUGGGAGUUGGACGAUCUCUCAACUGAUCCAUAG